AUGAAUGUCUGGCUCAUCUCUCUGAUAAGUAUUGAAGUACUACUUUUGGCAGGACCUCGCCUGAGUUUACGUAUUGAGCCUGAAGAAGGUAGCCUUGCGGGGGGCACAUGGAUCACAGUCAUUUUUGAUGGUUUGGAGUCAGAUGUCCUUUAUCCCACCAAUGGGUCUCAGCUGGAGAUACAUCUGGUGAACGUGAUGGUGCCUGCACUGCCUAGUGUCCCCUGUGAUGUCUCUCCUGUCUUCUUGGAUUUGCCUGUGGUGACGUGCCGGACCAGAUCUCUGCUGUCUGAAGCACACGAGGGUCUGUACUCCCUGGAAUUACACUCUGGGGGACAGGUGGUAGGCAGCCCAAGUCCAGGACCACGAGACAACUGUACUUUCAAGUUUUCCAAGGCACAGACACCCAUCAUUUACCGAGUUAAUCCACCAAGUGGAGUUCCAGGAAAAAUCAUUCAUGUGUAUGGCUGGAUUGUCACUGGAAGAUUGGAAACCUUUGAUCUUGAGGCUGAGUACAUUGAUAGCCCAUUGAUCUUGGAAGCUCAAGGAGACAAAUGGGUCACUGCUUGCUCUCUUGUAAACAAGCAGACAGGAAGCCGCUAUCCUAUUCGGGAAGACCAUGGUAUUGGGACUCUGCAGUGCCAUGUGGAAGGCGACUACAUCGGUUCCCAGAAUGUUAGUUUCUCAGUAUUUAACAAAGGAAAGUCGAUGGUACACAAGAGUGCAUGGCUCAUCAGUGCUAAACAGGACCUUUUCCUGUACCAGACACACUCAGAGAUAUUAUCUGUGUUUCCAGAAAGUGGGAGCCUUGGGGGAAGAACAGACCUCAUAAUUACAGGAGACUUCUUUGGCAAUCCUGCCCAGGUUACCAUUGCAGGCAUUCCAUGCGAUGUUAAACAUGUCUCUCCCAGAAAGAUUGAGUGCACCACUAGAGCUCCAGAAAAAGAUGCAAGACUCACUGCUCCUCAGGCAGGUAAUCGUGGGCUUCUUUUUGAAGUUGGAGAUGCUGCUGAAGGCUUGGACCUGACUGACGCCACCCCUGGGUACAGGUGGCAGAUUGUCCCUAAUGCCAGUUCUCCAUCUGGAUUUUGGUCAAAGGAAGGACAACCUUUCAGAGCAAGGCUCAGUGGAUUCUUUGUGGCUCCAGAGACAAAUAAUUACACUUUCUGGAUCCAAGCAGACAGCCAAGCUUCUUUGCAUUUCAGUUGGUCAGAGGAACCAAGGACUAAGGUGAAAGUGGCUUCCAUCAGGGCUGACACCGCUGACUGGUUUGACUCCUGGGAACAGAAUGGGAAUGCAGGGACCUGGCAACAGAAGACCCCCAAGUUGGAGCUGUUGGGUGGAGCCAAGUACUACCUUGAAGCAGAGCAUAAUGGAAUAGCCCCCAGCAGGGGGGUGAGAAUUGGUGUCCAGAUUCAUAACACCUGGCUGAAUCCUGAUGUGGUCACCACUUAUCUCCGAGAGAAGCACCAGAUCCGAGCCCAAGCCCAGAGACUUCCAGAAAUACAGAUGCUGAAUGUGUCAGGCAGAGGAAAUUUCUUCCUUAUUUGGGACAAUGUCUCUAGUCAGCCAAUUCCUGCAAAUGCCACAGCACAUCAGGUGGGAACCUUCUUCAAAUACCGUUUUCCUAUUUUAUCCAAAUUGCAUCCAGGCUCAGAAAGUUCCAGCUUAGAGGGGGACCUCACCAGUGGGAUGGAACCUUUCUGUGGGAGGUUCAGCCUUCGUCAGCCUCGACACCUUGUCCUAAUCCCCCCGGCUGCCCAGAGGGGCUAUCGGCUGGAUCAGUACACACACCUGUGUAUUGCAUACAAAAGCCACAUGAAUAAGAUCCUGCAGAUGACCGUGUCCUUCACAAUUGGCUUUCAAAACAUUGUAAAGAAGAACAUCACCUGUGACUGGAGUCUUGGGAGGACCAGCCCCCAGAGCUGGCGGUUCACCUGCACUGACCUCUGGGAGACUUGUGUGCGUCGCUCUGGGGAUCUCCAGCCCCCUCUGGCGAACCCCGCAGUGCUGGUUCACCAGAUCGACCUCCUGCCUCUGGCUCAGGAGACAGGCUUGCUGUAUGUGGAUGAAAUUAUUAUCGCAGACACAAACGUAACAGUUUCUCAAGCCGGUUCUGGAACAGCUCGCCCAGGCGGGAAUCUGGUGGAAUCGAUCUCUGUAGUGGGAUCGUCUUCAGUCUACAACGUAAGCUCCUGGCUGGCAGGGUGUGGCGCGGAGCUCCCACUCAUCACUGCACGCUCUGGGCCCACUGAAGGAACAGAAGAAGGAUCUGGACUGGUCCAGGUGACAACACAGAGACUGCAGAGGACAAGUCCACCUUUGGGAGGACACUUUCGCAUCCAACUUUCUAACACAGUGAUCCCUGAUGUCCCUGUGCACAUUUCUGCUAGUCACCUUCACAAGCUCUUACAGGACAAUGCUGAUGACUUCACAUCCAGAUACCUCAAUGUCAGUGACUUCACUGUAAAGGAGGAUCUAAACUCUUGCUAUGAACAUGUAUGGACCCUUUCCUGGUCUGCCCAGAUUGGGGAUUUGCCCAAUUUUAUCAGGGUCUCCAAUGAAAAUCUUACUGGAGUGAAUCCUGUUGCAACCACUCAUGUGGUAUAUGAUGGUGGAGUUUUUCUUGGACCCAUACUUGGAGACAUGUUGGCUACUGCCAGCCAGCACACUCAGGUGGUUGUGCGAGUGAAUGACAUACCAGCUCAUUGCCCAGGUUCCUGUCCUUUCCAGUACCUCCAAGUGUCAACUCCCUGGGUCCAUUCAGUGUGGUAUUCCCUUGAUGAUGACAUCAGCCUACUGGUUUAUAUUUCUGGAACUGGUUUCUCUGAUGACUCCCAGUCCUUGCAGGUUACAGUCAACGAAACAAGUUGCAAAGUUAUUUUCUCAAACCAAACAAAUGUGGUCUGUCAGACAGAGCUGCUACCGGUUGGUAAGCAUCGGAUGUGGAUGUUGGUGAGACCCUCUGGUCUUGCUGUCAAUGCCAGUGGAGAAGGCCUCUUCCUAAAUGUGGAACCCAGACUGGAUGCUGUGGAGCCUUCCAGAGCUGCAGAGAUUGGAGGGCUCUGGGCCACUAUCCGAGGCUCUAGCUUGGGAGGUAUUAGCCUGGUGUUCUUUGGAUCUCAGUCUUGUAUCAUCAAUGUCACCACAAGCAAUUCACGAAGAAUUCAAUGCAAAGUUCCACCUAGGGGAAAAGAUGGAUAUGUUGUGAAUGUGACUGUGAUCAGAGAAGACCAUUCUGCAGUUCUUCCCAGAGCAUUUACAUAUGUCUCCUCUUUAAAUCCAGUGAUCGUAUCUCUGAGCAGAAACAGAAGCAACAUAGCAGGUGGUGAGACCCUUUUCAUUGGAAUGGCGCGGCUGUUGGACUAUACAGAUUUGGAUGUGGAAGUCCAGGUCCAGAAUACCUCGGCCCUGGUUCACGCACAGACCGCUCAGGGCCUGCAGGUGGCGCUGCCCCCGCUGCCCGCGGGCCUCCACAGAAUUGCAGUCUCUAUCAAUGGGGUCACGAUUGGCUCACAAGGGGUUGAUCUCCACAUCCAGUACAUCACAGAAGUGUUCAGCAUUGAGCCUUGUUGUGGGUCCCUUCUUGGUGGAACCAUCCUCAGCAUCUCAGGAACAGGGUUCAGCAGAGACCCGGCUUCGGUGUGGGUCCUGGUGGGCAGUCGGCCCUGCGGCGUCGUGGCCUUGUCGGAGGCCAGCGUCCUGUGCGAGACCCCGCCGGCCCCGCUGUCGCCGGCCGCUCGGGCCGUCCCCGCCCCGGUCGAGGUCUGGGCGGGCAACGCGUCCUUGACCCGCGCGCCCUCCCCACGCUUGGUGGGGAGCGGCUUUACCUUCACGUAUGAAGCGGCAGCAACACCAGUGGUCACCGCCUUGCGAGGAGAAAUGACCAACAGCAGCCUGAGGCUGUACGUGGAAGGCAGUAACCUGUCCAGCUCGGUCAUCGCCCUGGGGAGCUGGAGCUGCGAGGUGGCGGCGAGCCUGUCCGGGUGCUCCUUCCCGCUGCGCCACCUGCAGCCGGGCGUCUAUCCCCUGCGAGUACGGCACCAGCGCAUGGGAUUUGCUGAAAUGUCUGCGGUGCCCCAGCAAUUCGCGGUGACACCUCGGAUAACGGCUAUCUCCCCAACGCACGGCUCUGCGUGUGGGGGGACAGUACUCACCGUGAGGGGGGUGGCUCUCAGCUCUGGAUGGAGGUCAGUUCAGGUUGACCUUUCAGGUCCUUUUACUUGCGUGAUUUUGAGUUUGGGAGACCACACCAUCCUCUGCCGGGUUAACCUGGUGGGUGACCCCUUGCCUGCAGCUUCCUUCACCCUGAAUGUCACAGUCCUGGUCAAUGGGCUGACCAGCGAGUGUCAGGGGAAUUGCACUCUCGUCAUGCGGGAAGAGACAACUCCUGUCCUGGAGGCCUUGACCACCAACGUCAGUGGGUCUCUGACCACUGUGCUGAUCAGGGGUCAGAGGUUAGGCACCACUGACGAUGAGCCCGUGGUGUUUGUGGAUGAUCAACUUCCUUGCAAUGUAACUUUCUUUAAUGCAAGCCACGUGGCAUGCCAGAUAAGUGACUUGCCGUCAGGACUCCACCACCUAUCAGUUUUUCAUACAAGAGAUGGAUAUGCUUGUUCUAGUAACGUUUCCAGACACUUCUACAUUAUGCCUCAAGUGUUUCAUUAUUUCCCUAAGAAUUUCAGCGUUCAUGGUGGAGGUCUCUUGGCCAUAGAGGGCAUAGCUCUGAAAGGAUGGAACACCACAUUAGUCCACGUUGGCCAGCAGGCUUGCCUGACGGUGGACAUGGGUGCUGAGCUCAUCCGGUGCAUUGUUCCUGCAGGGAAUGGCUCUGUUGCCCUGGAAAUAGAGGUAGAUGGACUUAAAUACCACUUGGGAGUCAUUGGUUACAGCAAUGCCUUCACCCCAGAAUUGCUCUCCGUUUCUCAGAGUGAUGACAUCUUAACCUUUGCAGUGGCCCAGAUCUCAGGAGCAGCAAACGUGGACAUUUUUAUUGGGAUGUCACCCUGUGUGGGUGUCUCCGGUAACCACACUCUUCUCCAGUGCGUGGUCCCUUUCCUUCCUGCUGGGGAGUACCAAGUCAGAGGUUACGACCGCACCAGAGGGUGGGCCUCCUCUGUUCUGGUGUUCACGUUGAGAGCUACUGUUACAUCAGUGAUCAAGAACUUUGGCUGCCUGGGUGGAAGGCUUGUACAUGUGUUUGGAGUAGGAUUUUCUCCAGGGAAUAUCUCAGCUGCUGUGUGUGGCGCUCCCUGCCAAGUCUUGGCUAAUGCCACAGAGUCUGCCUUCAGCUGCUUGGUUCCGCCUCUGGAUGGGUCCUUGGCUUUCCUGUGUGGCCUGCGGGCUGAGGAGGAUGGCUGUGAAACCGGCAGCCAUACCUACGUGCAGUGUGAUUUGACUGUUGCCAUGGGGACAAAGAGACUGCUGGAAACAUGGCCUUAUGUCUACAUUUGUGAAGGAAGUUCCCAAUCCCUCUUGGUGCCUGAUCAUUGGACAGAGUCCACCUUUCCGUCGUUCUCAGGCCUCUUCAUCAGCCCUAAAGUGGAAAGAGAUGAAGUUCUCAUCUAUAAUCGCUCCUGUAACAUUACCAUGGAAACUGAGGCAGAGAUGGAGUGUGAGACGUCUAAUCAGCCAAUUACCGCCAAGAUUACUGAGAUACGGAAAAGCUGGGGCCAGAACACUCAG